CAGCAGUCGCUGCGGCAGCGUGGCGCGUUGUCCAGGUAACCACGAGAGUUGUCGCUGAUUGGUGGCAUCAGAGAGACAGGUGUUCGUCAAGCAGUAGAAGCACCUGAGGACCCAGCUGAGCCCUCAGGUGAGGAGUUGCGUGCCUCUUCCCUCCCCCGUCAGCCUUCACGUUCCCAGAGAAGCGGGGGAACUGAAAUCUCACGAUGGUGAGCGCCUACUGUAUGCGGAAUCUCUGCUCGGUCGGUAGUGUGCAGUAGUCAGGACGGACCGCUGACCGCGGUAGCUUUCGUUCCGUUUCGUUUGACAUCAGUCGUGUACGAGGCCCCGUGCUGGGCGCACAUGGAAACAGCGAACCUAAGUCUGCGCCCGGAUAAACACGCGCUUUAGGUAAAAGCCCCAAAGACGGAGUGCGGAAGACCUCACGUUCCUUCUGAUGGUGAAGAUCUCAGAUUCGGAAAAGGCUGGGCACCGGGGGAGGAACCAAGCUGAAGAGAGGCUGGGUUUUGGAGCUCGGAGACGAGCACUCGAGCCCUAGUGCCAGCUGCACUUUCAAUAAAUGGUCCAAUCCCGCUGACCGGAAGCCCUCGGCACACAGUCUCUGAGCGCCCACCCAGCUGCUUCAUUUGGAAAAUGGGAGUAACAAUAAUAGCAACCUGAGGGGUUUUCCUAAUUAGGGCCACAGCCUUCUCGGAGACUCUGGAAAUGACCCCGGAAACAGAGGCAAUGUGGAAAACCUUGAGCAAACUGGCACUCGAGGCAAGGCAGCUCCACAUUGCGGAGAGGUGCUUUUCUGCCUUGGGCCAUGUAGCAAAAGCUCGAUUCCUGCAUGAGACCAGUGAGAUUGCAGACCAAGUGUCUCGGGAAUAUCUGGCGAUGAAGUGCAUGAGGCCGGAAGACGUGUCGGUGCUGUACAUCAGCCAGGCUCAGGAGACGGAGAAGCAGGGCAAGUACCUGGAGGCGGAAAGGCUCUAUGUGACAGUGGAAGAGCCUGAUCUUGCCAUCACCAUGUUCAAAAAGCACAAGCUGGAUGAUGAUAUGAUCUGCCUGGUAGGGAAGCACCACCCAGAUGUCCUCAGUGACACACACCUACACCUGGGCAAGGAGCUGGAGGCUGAAGGCCGACUGCAGGAGGCCGAGUAUCACUACCUUGAGGCUCAGGAGUGGAAGGCAACAGUGAACAUGGACCGGUCCAAUGGGCUUUGGGAGGAGGCCUACUGGGUGGCCCAGGCUCACGGAGGAGCUGAUGCCCACAAGCACGUGGCCUACCUGUGGGCAAAGAGCCUGGGAGGAGAGUCCGCAGUGAGACUGCUCACUAAGCUCGGACUCCUGGAAGCUGCCGUGGACCACGCCGCCGACAACUGCUCAUUUGAAUUUGCUUUUGAACUCUCCCGGCUGGCCCUCAAGCACAAAACCCCUGAAAUUCAUCUCCGAUAUGCUAUGUACCUGGAGGAUGAGGGUAAAUUUGAAGAGGCCGAAGCUGAAUUCAUCAGGGCUGGUAAGCCCAAGGAAGCAGUCCUCAUGUUCAUCCAUAACCAGGACUGGGAGGCAGCUCAGCGUGUGGCCAAGGCCCACGAUCCUGACAGUGUUGCCGAGGUGCUUGUGGGGCAGGCCUGGGGGCCUUUGGAGGAGAAGGACUUUCAGAAAGCAGAAGGGCUGCUGCUUCGGGCCCAGAGACCCGGCCUGGCCCUCAAUUAUUAUAAGGAGGCUGGAUUAUGGAGCGACGCCCUGCGGAUCUGCAAGGACUAUGUUCCGGGCUGGCUCGAGGCUCUGCAAGAAGAGUGUGAGCGGGAGGCUACCAAGAAAGGGGCCAGCCUGAAGCCCUUGUUCAUGAGUGAACACUGUCGAUUCCUCCAAAGAAAAUGCUGGCUGUGAGAGUGAUUCUGAAGAUUUCUCUUCGGUAUUUGGCCUCAGAGUUAGUUCUACAGGUUCUACCAUUUCUUGACGAUGUGGCCUUGGGAAGAAAUCCAAACAAUCCAUUACUUCAGUAGUUGAUUCUAAGGAGACUCUUAUUGGUUUUACAAUCUGAGGAAUGGGUAGUGGUGCUAAUUCCUCAGAUUUUACAAUUUGAAGUGGUGGCCCUGGGAUUAACACAGUCUUUACAAUUUGAAAGCCUGUCAACUUCCUUAUAUCCAAAAUCUGGUGUGUUGGCUCUGUGGUUAAUUCCUUUGAUUUUACACUUUGCAACCAUAGCCCUGAGGUAAACUCAGAAGGUCUCACAUCUUGUACUUUUGGAGUCAGUUCAACAUAGUCUACCAUUUGAGAGGUCCCCCCUGGUGUUAAUGCUACAGACUUUACAACCUGAAGUGGUGGCCCAGGUGUCACUUUCACAUAUUCAACAACUUUUGGGGGGCCUAUUGAGGUUAUUCCUAUUGGUUGAGCAGCUUGAAGCUGUGUCUCUGUAGAUCCUAUGUCUUGAUCUAGUAGCUUUGGACUAAUCCUCAUAAGCUCUGUAAUUUGACCCUGUAGUCCUGGAGCUAUCUGUGAAUAUUUCAUACUUUGAUUCUGUGACUGUGUCAGCCCCAUCGGUCCAUCCCCUUGCUGCCGUGUCUCAGAUGUGAGCUCUACAGAUUCUGCAUGUCCUGUAGCUUGACCUGUUUGCCUUGGGGACAUAUCUAAAGAUUUCUCCCUUUGAAGGCACUGCUUAGAGGUUGAGCCCACAGAUUCAGAAGCUGAUAUCUUAGCCUUGGUGUCAUCUCUGAAGAUUUUGGGACAUGAUGUAAUGACUCUGUAGUCAGUGCUUCUGAUUCUUCCCUUUGCAGUCUUUUCUCGGAGAUCACCUCCACAAAUUCUAGUGCUUGAGGAUAGAGCCUUGGAGCGCUCUCUGUAUAUCCAGUGGUUUUACUUAUUGGCUUUGGGGUCAUGCCAAGGAAUUCCUUCUCUGUUGGCCUUGCUUUGGGGGUCAACCCCAUAGUUUCUGUAGUGUGAUGCUUGGGCUCUGGUGUCAUCUCUUCAGAUCCUGUAACUUCCUGCAGUGGCCUUGUAUAAGAUUCCCCCGAGUCCUUAACUUGAGGCCAUGACUGAGAGAAUCAACCUCUUAGAUACUUCCAGUGGUACAGUUAAAUCCACAACUUUAUUGCCAUGCAUUAAUGGACGUAGAGUUAACUCCUCAGGUUUUGUACUUUGGGGCUGUGGUUCUGGGGUGAGAGGCACAGAUUUCACACCUUGAAAUUGAGGUUCUGGGGUCAACUUCUUGUAGUUCGUAAAUUCUGAAUACGGUCCUAGAUUCGGAUGAACAAACUUCAUACUUUGGGACUCUGGGUUCAACACUUCUGGAUUCAUUCCCUGCAUCUCUGAUCCUGGUACUAACUCUGGAGAUUCUUGUAUUAUGUGUUGAGGCAUUCGAGUGUCCAAGGCUUUUAUGCCUUGGAGCAUUGUCUCAAGAGCACCUUGGAAUGGCACUGAGUUCGCCUGCAUAGAUUCUGAAGUCUGGUUCAGUGACCCUGGAGUACCUCUUAAAAGAUGAUUGUGUCAACUCCAGAGAUUCUUUCCUGUGGUGACAAGGGUCGGAAGUCAACUCUACUUCUCCUUGAUAUCCUGGCUCGGGGAUCAUUCCUGAAGAUUCCAAAGCUUGAUGCCAUGGGGUUAAUCCUUCAGGUUCUGUGGCUUGAUGAUUUGGCUUGAGGUUCAGCUCCGCAGAUUUUACUGCUUGAAUGUGUGCCCCUCAGAUCGGCUCCUCAUAUUUCAUACUUUCCACCUGUGUUUCAGGAAUCACAUUUCUACAUUCUACCAUUUGAGGAAAUUUCACAUCUUUAAGCAAUAGUAUUGGGGCUGUCUCCUUAGAUUGUUCAUCUUGUAACCAUGGCUUUGGGGCAAACUCCAUGGAUUUCUUCUCUUCCUAUGGUCAUCUUAGGAUCAGCUCCACAGCUUUUGUAUCUGAAAACUUCAGUGGUAGGGCCAAAUGAACAUAUUCCAGACCUUGCAACUGUGAAUUGUGGGUCAAAUCUAGCGAUUUCCUAUUUUGCAACUGUGGUGCCUGGGUUAACUCAGCAGCUUUUCCACUUUGUUGUUGUGUUCCUAGGGUAAAAUGAAUAGAUUUCACACCUUGAAGCUGAGACCCUGGGGCUAACUGCACAGAAAUCCCACUUUCUAGCUGUGAAAUAGGAGCCAACUCAUUAGAUGUUACAAUCUGCAGUUGAAGUUCUGGGGCCAGUUCUCUAGGGCUCACAGUUGGGAUCAGCUGUCCGUAUUUCACCAUCUGUGGGACUGAACCUGGAGUCAUGUCUACAGAUGUUACAUUGUGCAAUCCUGGGGGCAACAUCAUAGAAUCCACAGUCUUAAGUUGUGGCAUUGGCUUCACCCCCAAAUAUUCUGCACCUGGAAGUAGAGAUGUGGUGGUCAUUACUGCAGAUUCUGUGACUUGAUGCAGUGGCUUUUGUCUCAUUUCCUUAGAUGCUGUUCUUUGACUCAGUGAUCUUGGGACUGUCCCUAAAUGUUCCAUUAUUUGAUGAUGUGACUGUUUUGACUCAGUCACAUUUCUGAUUAUGGGGUCAGAAGCUGACCCCAUAGUUUCCAUCAUUUGAUGCCUUUGCCUUGGACUCAUCUCUGAAGAUUCUAAGAUCUGAUGCCAUGGGGUCAAACUUGGAGAUUCCAUGACUUGAUGAGGUAGCCCUGGGGUUAAUGCUCUAGUCUUUGUGCCUUGAACAUACGGUUGUGGAGUCAACUCCACAGAGUCUUGCACUUGAAUCCAUGACCCAGGAGUCAACUCCAGAGGUUUCCUGACUUGAGCUACUGGCCUUGAGGUCAAAUCCUGAGUUUCUGCAACUUGUGAUUGUGGUGUUAUGAUCGUUCCCAUGGAUGACCCCAGUGCUACUGGAGUUACCUUUAAAGAAUGUAUGAAUUGAUGUGAUGGCACUGGAAUCGUCCCUACUGAUUCUGUGACUUUAAGUGGUGGCUUUGGAGGUAAACCCACAGAUCCUCCAACUCCAGGUGGACCAAUAAUAGGAGGAGAGCUAGAAGAUGUCCAACCAACUGGUUGAGCUGCUCCUGGGGCAGACUAUGAAUCCCCAGAUUCUAUAACAGGUGGUGGUGCUGGUGGAAUUAUUCCUACGAAAUCCCUAGCUUGUAAUAGUGCCACUGGAGUAACUUUCGUGUAAUCAGUAACUUGAUGCAAUGGACUGGAGAUCAUUUCCAGUGAUCCUGUAUUUUGACAUAUUGGCCCUGGAGGAAUCGUCAAUGGUCCUGUGAUUUGACUUUGUGGCUUUGAGGUUAUAUUCACUGAUUCAGUAACUUCAGGAUGUGGCCCAAAAGUCAUUGCCACAGUUUCCACAACUGUGUAUUGUGCCUUUGGAUGCAUCUUUCCUGAUGGUAUGACUUUAUGGUCCAACGGAUGUGGUUAUUUCCCCUGAUUUCAUGGCUUGAGAUGGUGUUCUUGGGGUUAUUCCCACUGGUUUUAUGAUAUGUGGAUGUGACUCAUUAAUCAUCCCCAUAGAAUCCAUGACUUGAAGCAAUGCUGCAGGAGUUACCAUCACAUUAUCUGUGACUUGAUUCAGGGGUCUGGAGGUCAUCUUGGAUUCCAUAACUUGAUCCUGAACACUUGGUGUUACCUCCACUGAUUUAGUGACUUGAUAUGAUGGUUUAGUGCUUACACUCACUUUUUUUUUCCCCCAUUGGUUUCCCAACUUUGAUGGCUGUGGGAACAAACCCACAGAUUCUAUCACUUCUGAAUGUGAUUCUGGGAUCAUCCCCAUUGAAGCCAUGACUUGAAGUAAUGCUAAAGGAGUUACCUUUAUGCUCUCUGUAACAUGACAUGGUAGCUUUGGGAUCAAUUCAACUUGAGUCAUGUGGGACUUAUGCUGCUGAAUCCUUUUUUCCAGAAGACCUAUGACCCUCUGUUCUAUAUUAAGUUCUAGAACAUGUUUUGGCUCUUUCUGCAGUCCAGUGGUUUUCUCUGGAAUUACGUCAGCUCCUAAACUUUUGGGAAGCGGAGUGCCCAAUGAUGUAACUAAGGGCCUGGAUUCAAGGAUUUGCGGGCCAUCCCCAAGUUGUGACUGCUUACCUGGGAUAAGUGACUGUGAAAUUUCUGUUUCUGUUCGAUUUAAUCCAGAUUCCACUCCAGUAUCACAUGGAGCUGAAAUGAUGGACAGUUUGGGAAUUUAUUGUAGAGAUUUUGUUCAGUGCUUUGAUGAAUGGGCAUAGAUACCUGGAUUUGAACUUUCUGUGGUUUGGGAACUCCUCCUUGUGCCUCAGUUAAAUAUUUCAGCAUUGCCCAUGACUCCCUCACCGGCAGAGGCACUGUUUGUUCCCUCAAAGUAUAAACCUUCCAAGCCAUAUGUCCCUCUAACUCCCACCUAGCCAAAGGAGAGAGCAGGAUUGGAGCCCACCCCGAGAAUCGUGGUCUGGCCUUGGUGAAAAUAAAAUCUGGUCCAUGAUCCAAUGUCAAAUGA